AUGACCGUUCUGUCAGUGCCUGGUGGUAAGGGCCGUGGUGGUCCGAUCGAAGGAGAAGGUCCUGAACGAGCCACGAUCUCAACUCAAAAUAAUGUUGGACCGAUGACAGCCCAAGAAACAAUGUUUUUCAAUCGAGUCAAGGACUGGCUAGGUACUGGUGUGAACGAACGUGUCCUUAUGCAAGUCGUUAAGAGUAAUUCAAUGAUAUCGACGACGAACACAUCAGAAGGUGCAAUGAACGAUCUUGUUGUGGCUUAUUUGGACCGUUUACAGACCGAAAAUAAGGCCGGGAAGCAGGCCGUUGACAAGUGCACAUCUGGUGGUGAGUAUUCGUCAGGCAACACGAUCGAUCAUCGCAUCCAAACGCAUGUCACCGAAACGAUUCAAGUCAAGUCAAAGGGCACUACGAAUCGUAUCAAAGCCUAUUCAAGCACCUGUCUCGAGAAUCGAGAGGAACAGGACAAUAUUCCCGGAUUCUCGCCGAUAGCUCAAAGUGAUCCUGAGAAUCCUCACGAGCGCCGUCGCUAUGAACUGGCUCCAGUGGGACUCAAAAACAUGGGCAAUAGUUGUUGGUUUAAUGUUGUAUCACAGACUCUUUAUCAUAUUCCGAAAUUCCGUAGUAAAAUAUUUGAAGUGAAAACUGAUUUUCUUUCAACGAGAGGAUCGAAUCCUUCGGCCAAUGAACCGUCCUCUUCUACUCAGCCUAGCAUAACACCUCAAACUCUGUUGAUCACAUUCAGACGACUCUACGCUCUUUUGUUGGCAUCGGAACGGGGUUAUGUGGAUCCGUCGGAUGUGCUUUCAACAAUAAGUGAAUUAAACGCCACUUUGAACAAGGCAGUGCCUAGUAUGGGCAUUCAGCAGGAUGCAACAGAAAUGUUAUUAAGGAUCAUUGAAUGGCUUGAACAGGCGUUGAGGAUCUACGAGACGUUCUGCGCAGAUAUGAGAUCACCUACACUGCCAAUGGAGGUGGAAGGACAGGACGAAGCGAUGCCCUUGGAUGAAAACUGCGACCCGACUGAUCCGACUACUGAUAAACAGCGUGACUGUCUUAAUAACAAUCUGGUAGCGAGUCCGACUGAGAGCAUUAGUAACAAUAAUAAUAAUAAUAACGAUAAUGGACAAACUCUCCCGUUCAGUUCAUUAUUUCACGGCUCACACAUUGAGAUUCGUCUUUCCGCAGAUGGUUCAAUAACAUCAUCGAAAUUGGAUAAUUCACUGCAAAUGGUUAAUUUGGAUGUGUCAUUCGAUAAUUUGCAUGAUUCACUGGAGGCGUAUCAUUUCGCUGAUGCACCCAGCAAGGAGGUUUGGUUCGAUUCCAUCCCGAAUGUGAUCAUCUUCUCAAUGGUGCGAUUCAGUUAUAAGAAUGGUCAGACCGAGAAGUUACAUAAUAAGUUUCAUUUUCCAAUGGAUUUUUAUAUGGACCGUUAUAUGCAUCGCAAUCGGGCCGUGGUUCUGCAAAGAAAGAAGUAUAGGGCCGCGUUGAAACAGAAAUUAAACAGCAUUAGGGCGCAGUUGAACAGAAUGCGAAACUAUCCGGUCGGUAAGGUGAACGCAUCGAUUCCAGAGAUUCUGAACGCGCUUCUAUCGCUGAAAUCGACGUAUUUUGAUAACUGGUUAGCAGUGACAGUGACAGUGCAAAGUGAUGAGUGGACAGUGCCAAAGAAUCAGUGCACUGCAGAUCUGAAGCAACUGCAGAGACAGUGCAAACUGCUGUGUGUUGCCAUCCGAAUGCUCGAUAGACUCGUGCCGUACAUGACUGACGACAGCCAGUCGACUCGUGACAAUGGCCUUCUGACUCUUUUCGUCGACUUUUUGCUCAUCUAUCAUGCUAUUAGAAUUACAAGUGAAUUGGCCGUAUCCGUGCUGAAAACAGCGAGUGUGCAAAAAUUUGAAGAGUGCGCGUUGUUUUUAUCGAAUGAAUAUAAAGCGAUGAUAAUGCGAAUACGAUCGAUGAAUUGCGAAGCGAGUGAUAAGGCACUGAGCGCGAUUCUGACCGUGUGGGCGAAUAUAAGUGCCAAAUCAAAGGAUUUAUUCAAAGUGGCCAGUUUUCAUCAGAUGCUGAAAGAAGCGAGUGAGGUGGAGAUGAGCACGGUCGAGAUGCCAGCAAUCAACGCCAACGUGAACAUACAAGACCCGUGGCCGGAUCUCUACGAACUCUGUUCUAUAAUGCAGAAAACGAUGUUGCUCAAUCGAUGUGAUUUGUCGCGAAUCAUUCAACUUUUAAUUGAACAUCUCUUGAAUCCCCUUUUGUCACUCAGUAAUAACAAUGAACAAACAACUUCAUCCCUUUUAUAG